AUAUUUGCUUCACAUUCACUUCCAGGCCGGGAAGGCUGCUUCCGCUACCGGGAUAAAUGUACUUCCGGGUCCUGCGUGCAAUUCAAAGAGUGGCGGGAGCAGUAGCAGGCAAUUAAUUUGAGAGCUCUAAUGGGUUGAUGGCUCUAAGAAAGUUUUCCCUCUCUCUGCUCUCCGCGGAGAGUGAUUCUGAGGAACUGCCCACAUUUGCCUUUCUGAGGAAGGAACCAUCUUCAACUGACAGGAAUCUACCUCAGAGGGCGAAGAACAUCGUGGUUGUCACCUCUGAUUCUGAAGCCUCUUGUCCUCCGUCACCAGCCCCUGAAGAUCCACCAUGUGUCCCCAAUGCAGCUGAAGCUCCCCCACAAGCAGCGCCAGUCAGAGUGCUAAGCAGUAGCAGUGAGGAUGAAGAUGGAUUUGUCCCCCUGGCUGAGAGGAUCGCAUGUAAGCUUUUGAGGAACAAGCAGCUGAGCCCUGAGCGCUCUGGCUCCCCACUUAAAACAGGUUUGGAUGGCCAAAAUAAUGCAAGUGCAUCAUGUGACUGGAAAGAGCAACCAUGGCCAAAGACGCCUGAUAUUCCUCUCCACGGUGCCUUAGAGAAGAAUGCAGCAGAUGACAAGGACUCUCUCUUAAACAAUCAGUGCCAUCAGCUUCCAGCCUACCAAGCUACCUGCAGGGAGUUGGCAGUCACCAAAACGAAUCCCGACCUUCCUCUACCCAAGAAGAGAACCAAGCACAUUCAGACAGCCCAGAGCAGAGGCUCUCAGGGAUGCUGGUGGUCAAGACAGAAAAGCAGGAAGGAAAACACCCCAAGACGGCAUGAGAGAAAAAAGAAGGCAGAAAUGGUCAAGAGGCUCAAAGCCCAGAGGCCAGAGGAAUGCCUGAAGCACAUCGUGGUGGUGCUGGAUCCAGUGCUUUUACAGAUGGAAGGUGGGGGCCAGCUCCUGGGAGCGCUGCAGGCCAUGGAGUGCAGCUGCGUGAUCGAAGCACAGACCAUACCUCGAAGCAUCACUUGGAGGAGGAGGACAGAGCUGGCAGAGGAUGGAGAAGACUGGACGGAAGAGCCGACAAUCCUGGUUUUGGUUCUGGCAGAGGUCUUCAUGUCCAUGGUCUACAACUUAAAGCAGGGAAGUCCUGGCAGCACUGAGAAAGGGAAGGAGACCCUCCAGGGCUUUGUCACUGAUGUCACAGCAAGGACAGGGAAAGCAUUGUCACUGGUGAUUGUAGACCAAGAGAAAUGUUUCAGGGCUCAGAAUCCCCCGAGAAGGAAAUCAGGAAAGGCAAACAAACAGGCCAAAGAAAAGCAUCAGCAGAGACAAGAGACCAGCACAAGCCUCCUGGUGUCCAGGGUAGACAUGGAAGAGGCACUGGUGGAUCUGCAGCUAUAUACAGAAGCCCAGGCUCGGAUUGUGCAGAGCUGGAAAGAGCUGGCAGACUUCGUCUGUGCAUUUACAAAGGCUGUGGCUGAAGCGCCCUUCAAGAAGCUCCGGGAUCAAGCCAGCUUUUCCUUCUUCCUGGAGAAAGACUGGGCUGGAGGGUUGAAAGUGGACCCGUCUGGUAGGGGACUUGCACUGAUCUGGAGGCGACAGAUCCAGCAGCUGAACCGAGUCAGCUCAGAAAUGGCCAGUGCUAUUGUGGAUGCCUAUCCUUCACCACAGCUCCUGGUGCAGGCUUAUCAGCGGUGUUUUUCUGAGCAAGAAUGCCAGAAUUUGCUGGCUGACAUACAGGUACGACGUGGGGAAGGUGUGACAGCCACCUCCCGCCGUGUUGGGCCAGAGUUAUCCAGACGGAUCUACCUUCAAAUGACCACAGUGCAACCAGAUCUAAUCUUAGACAGUAUUGACUGAUAUCCCGCCUUGGCACCUGACAGUAGAGGGGCCAGAAGUACCUCCUAAGUACAGUUAGGGAGUCUCCCAUCUCUGGGAACACUUGAAUCUACCUCCACCAGCACUGGCUGCUCCUCUCCUAGCAAGCAAGAUGCCACGGUUUGCCAUCCCACCCCACCCAGUUGACCCUCAAAGCACAAAGGAGGAAAAAGGCAGACCACUCAGACACGGAUUUAAUAACUGUAGAAACCCAAGAAAUAAGCAUCAAAUCUCGAAGUCAGAGUGAACUCUUGCCUGCAGUCGGUCAGCUUGCUUGCGCCCAGCCACUCAGCUGCCUCAACCAGCCAGGGAACUGACUAGGCUGACUUCUGUCUUCAUGGUGUCACCAUAUGUAGUAUGUAUUUGUCUCAAUAAAGCAUUUGUACCAAUGGCUCUGGA